AUGGCACUGCAAGUUGCUCAAAUGCAUGUUGCCAAAUCUAUAAUAGAUAAUAUUGACCAAUUAAGAAAAUGUUGACAUGAGACUAUUGAAUACAGAAUGGAUUUUGUAUGGCUACAAUCCUGGCAAAAAUUAUGUGGACACCUAACUUUCCUAACGCCAACAUUAACACUGAGACGUUCAUUCGUGAAAUUUGUCACCCCCUGCCCCCUAUUCAAUGUUGAUUCUCGCAUUCAAAUUUUAAAAGUUUCAUUUACCAACAUUGAGUUGGGGGUAGGAGGGGGAGAAAUUUUCUGGCGGAUAAAUUAUGCAGAAAUAUAUCUAUUUUUGUUUGACGCACGCGCUGUCCACGAUAAUUUUUGCCAGGAUUGUCUGAAAUUAUCACAUAUUUCCAACUGCCUGAUUUCAUGAAUUUAAGGCUCGAUCCAAGAUAAAAUAGGCUUGUUUGUUUAGCAAAAGGAGCAAACAAUUAGUAAAUCAGGUUAUAUUUAGUUUUUUACUUUCCGAUCUAUGUUAAGUGUCACCUAUCACAUUACAUGUCAAGUGGCCUUUUACGUAUUAUCGGGAUUUAUACAAUUACAACUUAGUCUGCAACUCUAAAAAAAAAUAUAUUCGUUUUACAAAUUAUUGAACAUUGUGGAGAACGACGAUGUCUUACAGUACUUAGUCAGACAGUGGAAAAUGUUCAGCCAAAAAAUGCGAGGUUUGUUUACCUCAUAACUUAGAGCCAAACAGAUCUAUCUUGACUUUAGUUCCUGAGCGUGAAUCAUUUGCAUUAUUGGUAAUAUACAUGCAUUUCAUAAUGCAGAUCCUUUGUUAGCCUGCAACAUUUUGCAAUGGGUUUGCAGCAUGGAGCAUCAUAUUCCCGUGUAUUCAUACAAUAUAACUGUAUAAAACUGUACAAAUGUGUAAGUAAUGUUAUUUUGAAAGUGUAGUAAAUUGAUACAGUACACGGCUAUGUAGCGUAACCAAAUUCACACUAAAUAUAAUAGACUAUAGGGUUAUUUUAGUGUAUACGCAUCCGAAGCGCUCACUAUUUUCAGAUUUUUUUGUACCAAGCGCAACCCAACAGCGACUAUAGAGCGCCUUUAAUCUAACAGUGACGUCACACGGUACACGGCUGUGUAUCGUAUAGUAAAGAAUACACAGCUUAAAUAUUUUAAUCACCACACUACACAGCCGUGUACCGUGUGACGUCACUGGUAGAUUAUACGCGCUCUACAGUCGCCGUUGGGCUGCGUUUGUUAUAAAAAAUCUGAAAAUAGUGAGCGCUUCGGAUGCGUAUACACAAAAAUAUAUUUAGUGAGAAUUUGGUUCCGCACUUAAAGUACUUUUGUUGAAAACUCGUCUUACUGCGUCUGCAUAAUUAGUUCAGCAAAGCGUAUAUCAUGCCCAAAAGCCGCUCACCCACAAAAUUAUAAAUAUGCUUUAAAAAACAAUUAAACCAGUUUAAACAAUCUGUUUGUUAUCCUAAAACAAUGGCAGCAUCAAAAAUUUAUAGUAAAAGGCCUGUUAAUUAAACCAGUUUAAACAAUCUGUUUGUUAUCCUAAAACAAUGGCAGCAUCAAAAAUUUAUAGUAAAAGGCCUGUUUUGGGUGAAAAUUAUGGAUAUUUUUUUUAGGUCAUUUUCAGACAAUCCUGGCAAAAAUUAUGUGGACACCUAACUUUCCUAACGCCAACAUUAACACUGAGACGUUCAUUCGUGAAAUUUGUCACCCCCUGCCCCCUAUUCAUUGUUGAUUCUCGCAUUCAAAUUUUAAAAGUUUCAUUUACCAACAUUGAUUCUCGCAUUCAAAUUUUAAAAGUUUCAUUUACCAACAUUGAGUUGGGGGUAGGAGGGGGAGAAAUUUUCUGGCGGAUAAAUUAUGCAGAAAUAUAUCUAUUUUUGUUUGACGCACGCGCUGUCCACGAUAAUUUUUGCCAGGAUUGUAGCUUUGCAUUUAAAUUUGUCUGGAACUUGAGAUCAGAAUUCAUCUGUGCUGUUUGAACGCCUUUUAUUAACCUUUGAACAUGACCAGAUCUGGUUUUGCCUGUAAUUUUGGCACAACCAUUGAAAUGCUGUCGCCAUGGUCCUAGCCAAUGCACUUACGAGAGGCAUUCACCUCCCUGAGAAUAUUGAAAAUGGCAGAUGUUCGGGGGUGAAUAACCACACUGGCUGGACCAUGGUGACAGUAUUUUGACGAUGAAUCAUGACGUGGCAGCAAAUUAAGGUUCUUGGCAGUGAGGACAAGUAUCCUGGUUGUGAGGACAAGGUUCCGGACGCUGAGGAUAAGGUGGCCGGCGCUGAGGACAAGGUUGUUGGCGUUGAGAAAAAGGCUCCUGGCGGUAAGGACGAGGCUCCUGGCGUUGAGGACAUUGUUCCUGGCGGUGAGGACAAGGUUCCUGCCGGUGAGGGCAAGUUCCUGGCGGUCAGGACAAAGUUUUUGGCGGUGAGGACGAGGUUCCUGGCGGUGAGGACAAGGUUCCUGGCGGUGAGGACAAGGUUCCUGGCGGUGAGGCCAAGGUUCCUGGCGGUGAGGACAACGUUCCUGGCGGUGAGGACAAGCUUCCUGCCGGUGAGAACAAGGUUUCCGGCUGUAAAAAAUGUUUCUGACGCUGAAGACAAGGUUCCUACCGGUGAGGAGAUGGUUCGUGCCAAUGCGGACAAGGUUCCUGGCGGUGAGGACAAGGUUCCUGCUGGUGAGGACAAGGUUCCUGCGGUGAGGACAAGGUUCCUGGCGAUGAGGACAAGGUUUCUGGCGGUGAGGACAAGGUUCCUGACGCUGAGAACACGGUUCCUGACGCUGAGGACAAACUUUCUGGCAUUGAGGACAAGGUUCCUGGCGGCGAGGACAAAAGUUCCUGGCGGUGAGGACAAGGUUGCUGGCGGUGAGCACAAGGUUGCUGACGCUGAGGACAAGGUUCCUGGUGAAGAUUACAUGGUUCCUGACGGUGAGGACAUGGUUCCUUGCGGCGAGGAAGACGUUCCUGACGCUGAGGACAAUGUUCGUGACGCUGAAGACAAGGUUCUUGUCGGUGAGGACAAGGUUUCUGUCGGUCAGGAUAAGAUACCUGGCGGUGAGAACAAGGUUCCUGGCCGUGAGGACAGGGUUCCUGCCGGUGAGGACAAGGUUCCUGCCGGUGAGGACAAGGUUCCUGGCGAUCAGGACAAGGUUUCUGGCUCUGAGAACAAGGUUCCUGACGCUCAGGAGAAGGUUCCUGAUGAAGAGGACAAGGUUUCUUGCGGUGGGGACAAGGUUCCUGGCGGUGAGGAAAAGGAUCCUGACGCUGAGGACAAGGUUCCUGACGCUGAGGACAAGGUUUCUGUCGUUGAGGACAACGUUCGUGGCGAUGAGGACAAGGUUCCUGGCGAUAAGGACAAGGUAUCUGGCGGUGAGGACAAGGUUCCUGCCGGUGAGGACAAGGCUCCUGCCGGUGAGGACAAUGUUCCUGCCGGUGAGGACAAGGUUCCAGCCGGUAAAGAAAAGGUUCCUGGCUGUGAGGCAAGGCUCCUCGCGGUGAGGACAAGGUUCCUGGCGGUGAGGCCAAGGUUCAUGACGCUGAGGACAAGGUUCCUGGUGAAGAGGACAAGGAUUCCAGGCGGUGAGGACAAGGUUCCUUGCGGCGAGGACAAGGUUCCUGACGCUGAGGACAAUGUUCCUGACGCUGAGGACAAGGUUCCUGUCGGUGAGGACAAGGUUCCUGUCGGUGAGGACAAGGUUCCUGGGGGUGAGAAGAAGGUUCCCGGCGGUGAGGACAAGGUUCCUGACGAUGAGGUCCAGGUUACUGGCGGUGAGGACAAGGUUCCUGCCGGUGAGGACAAGGUUCCUGCCGGUGAGGACAAGAUUCCUGGUGAUGAGAACAAGGGUUCUGGCGGUGAGGACAAGUUUCCUGACGCUGAGAACAAGGUUGCUGACGCUGAGGACAAGGUUCCUGGCGGUGAGAACAAGGUUCCUGGCGGUGAGGACAAGGUUCCUGGCGAUGAGGUCCUGGUUACUGGCAGUGAGGACAAGGUUCCUGCCGGUGAGGACAAGGUUCCUGCCGGUGAGGACAAGAUUCCUGGCGAUGAGGACAAGGGUUCUGGCGGUGAGGACAAGUUUCCUGACGCUGAGAACAAGGUUCCUGACGCUGAGGACAAGGUUCCUGGCGGUGAGGACAAGGUUCCCUGGCGUUGAGGACAAGGUUCCUGACGGUGAGGCCAAUGUUGCUGGCGUUGAGGCCAAGGUUCCUGACGCUGAGGACAAGGUUCCUGGUGAAGAGGACAAUGUUUCUUGCAGUGAGGACAAGGUUCUUGGCGGUGAAGAAAAGGAUCCUGACGCUGAGGACAGGGUUCCUGUAGUUGAGGACAACGUUCCUGGCGGUGAGGACAAGGUGCCUGGCGGUGAGGACGAGGUUUUUGGCGAUGCCGACAAGGUCCCUGGCGAUGAGGACAUGGUAUCUGGCGGUGAGGACAAGGUUCCUGCCGGUGAGGACAAGGUUCCUGCCGGUGAGAACAAGGUUCCUGGCGGUGACGCAAUGUUCCUGGCGGAGACGACAGGGUUCCUGGUGGUGAGGACAAUCUUGCUGCCGAUGAGGACAUGGUUCCUGGCGGUGAGGAAAAGGUUCCUGCCUGUGAGGACAAGGUUCCUGCCAGUGAGGACAAGGUUUCUGGCGGUGAGGCCAAGGCUCAUGACGCUGAGGACAAGGUUCCUGGUGAAGAGGACAAGGAUUCCUGGCGGUGAGGACAAGAUUCCUGGCAGUGAGGACGAGGUUCCUGGCGGUGAGGACAAGUUCCCGGCAGUGACGGCAAGGCUCCUGGCGGUGGGCGGUGACGGCAAGGUUCCUGGUGUUGCGAACAAGGUCCCUGGCGCUGAGGACAGGGUUCCUGACGGUGAGGACAAGGUUCCUCGCGGUGAGGACAAGGUUCUUGGCGGUGAGGACAAGGUUCCUGGCGUUGAGGACAUGGUUGCUGGCGGUGAGAACAGGGUUUCUGGCAUUGAGGACAAGGUUCCUGGCGUUGAGAACUAGGUUUCUGACGGGGAGGACAAUGUUCCUGCCGGUGAGGAGAAGGUUCCUGCCGGUGAGGACAAGGUUCUUGGCGGCGAGAACAAGGUUUCUUCCAUUGAGGACAAGGUUCCUGUCGUUGAGGACAACGUUCCUGACGGUGAGGACAAGGUUCCUGGCAGUGAGGUCAAGGUUCCUGGCGGUGAGGACAAGUUCCCGGCAGUGACGGCAAGGUUCCUGGCGGUGACGAUAAGUUUCCUAUCGGUGACGACAAGGUUCCUGCCGAUGAGCUCAUAGUUUCUGGCGGUGAGCAGAAGGUUGCUGCUGGUGAGGACAAGGUUCCUGCCAGUGAGCGCAAGGAUCCUGGCGGUGAGGACAAGGUUCCUGGCGAUGACGACAAGGUUCCUGGCGGUGAAGACAAGGUUUCUGACGGGAAGGACAAUGUUCCUCCCGGUGAGGAGAAGGUUCCUGGCAGUAAAAACAAGGUUUCUUGCAUUGAGUACAAGGUUCCUGUCGUUGAAGACAACGUUCCUGGCGGUGAGGAGAAGGUUCCUGGGAGUGAGGACAAGGUUCCUGGCGGUGAGGACAAGUUCCCGGCAGUGACGGCAAGGUUCCUGGCGGUGACGACAAGUUUCCUGGCGGUGACGUCAAGGUUCCUGCCGGUGAGCUCAUGGUUUCUGGCGGUGAGCAGAAGGUUGCUGCUGGUGACGACAAGGUUCCUGCCAGUGAGCACAAGGAUCCUGGCGAUGAGGACAAGGUUCCUGGCGAUGAGGACAAGGUUCCUGGCGGUGAAGAGAAGGUUUCUGACGUGGAGGACAAUGUUCCUGCCGGUGAGGAGAAUGUUCCUGCCGGUGAGGACAAGGUUCCUGCCGGUGUGAACAAGGUUCCUGGCGGUGAGGACAAGGACCGUGGCUGUGAGAACAAGGUUCCUGGCGGUGAGGACAAGCUUGCUGGCGGUGAGGACAUGGUUCCUUGCGGCGAGGACAAGGUUCCUGACGCUGAGGACAAGGUUCCUGUCGGUAAGGACAAGGUUCCUGUCGGUCAGGACAAGAUUCCUGGCGGUGAGAGCAAGGUCCUGGCCGUGAGAACAGGGUUCCUGCAGGUGAGGACAAGCUUCCUGGCGAUGAGGACAAGGUUUCUGGCUCUGAGAACAAGGUUCCUACCGCUGAGGACAAGGUUCCUGAUGAAGAGGACAAGGUUUCUGGGGGAGGGGACAAGGUUCCUGGCCGUGAGAAAAAAGAUCCUGACGCUGAGGUGAAGGUUCCUGACGCUGAGGACAAGGUUCGUGUCGUUGAGGACAACGUUCCUGGCGGUGAGAACAAGGUUCAUGGCGGUGAGGACAAGGUUCCUACCGGUGAGGACAAGGUUCCUGCCGGUGAGGACAAGGUUCCUGCCGGUAAAGACAAGGUUCCUGGCUGUCAGGACAAGAUUCCUGGCGGUGAGAACAAGGUUCCUUGCAGUGAGGACAGAGUUCCAGCCGGUGAGGACAAGGUUCCUGCCGGUGAGGACAAGCUUCCUGGCGAUGAGGACAAGGCUUCUGGCUCUGAGAACAAGCUUCCUGGCGAUGAGGACAAGGCUUCUGGCUCUGAGAACAAGGUUCCUGGCGCUGAGGACAAGGUUCCUGAUGAAGAGGACAAGGUUUCUGGGGGUGGGGACAAGGUUCCUGCCGGUGAGGAAAAAGAUCCUGACGCUGAGGUGAAGGUUCCUGACGCUGAGGACAAGGUUCCUGUCGUUGAGGACAACGUUCCUGGCGGUGAGGACAAGGUUCAUGGCGGUGAGGACAAGCUUUCUGCCGUUGAGGAAAAGGUUCCUGCCGGUGAGGACAAGGUUCCUGGCGGUGAGGACAAGGUUAAUGGCGGUGAGGACAAGGUUCCUGCCGAUGAGGACAGGGUUCCUGGCGACGAGGACAAGGUUCCUGCCGGUGAGGACAAGCUUCCUGGCGAUGAGGACAAGGUUUCUGGCUCUGAGAACAAGGUUCCUACCGCUGAGGACAAGGUUCCUGAUGAAGAGGACAAGGUUCCUGGCGGUGAGGACAAGGUUCCUGGCGGUGAGGCCAAGGUUCAUGACGCUGAGGACAAGGUUCCUGGUGAAGAGAACAAGGUUCCAGGCGGUUAG